GUGGGGGGGUGGGGUCCAUCUAGGUACAUUCAGGCCCCAGACUCAGUGGGGGCGGGGAGUCAUUCCUAAUGCAAGAGCUCCUCCCACAGAAGAGCACAUUAGUGCAGACACCUGGGUUUCCACCUCACUGUGGCUCAGGGGAGCUGGGAAGGAGGCACCUUUUGACCGGGGCUCUGCCUCCGGUCAGCCUCUCCUCUGCUGCCCAGCAUGGCUAGCUGCUUGGCACCUGCGCUGCUGCUGCUGCUGCUUCUGGGCUCGCCGAGCUCUGCUGCACGGAACCGAUGCGUGGACGCGGCUGAGGCGUGCACUGCGGACACGCGGUGCCGUCGGCUGCGCACCGCCUAUGUGGCGCAGUGCCUGGGUCCCGCCUCGCCGGGGAGCUGCCCACGCGCCCGCUGCCGCCGUGCCCUGCGCCGCUUCUUCGCCCGCGGGCCACCUCCGCUCACUCACGCGCUGCUCUUCUGCCCGUGCGGUGGCCCCGCGUGCGCUGAGCGCCGGCGCCAGACCUUCGUGCCUUCCUGCGCCUUCUCGGGGCCUGGCGCGGCACCGCCCUCCUGCCUCGCGUCCCUAGAAGCCUGCGAGCGAAGCCGGGUCUGCAGGCCCCGCCUCUUGGCCUUCCAGGCCUCCUGUGGGCCCGCCCCCAGCGCCUCGGACCUCUGCCAGGGGCACCAGGCCCCCAGCUGCCUGAGCGCCUAUGCCGGCCUCGUGGGCACCGCCGUCACCCCCAACUACGUGGACAAUGCGAGCGCGCGUGUGGCACCUUGGUGCGACUGCGGAGCCAGUGGAAACCGGCGUGAGGAGUGCGAAGCCUUCCGGGGGCUUUUUACUAGGAACCGCUGCCUGGAUGGCGCCAUUCAGGCCUUUGAUGGUUGGCCCCCAAUCCUACAUGACCUGGACCCUCACCAGGACUCUGAGCACAGCCUCCUGCAGGCGUCCUCUGCAGACCGGCUCCUGGAGGGGAGCUCCCUGCUCUCCAUGCUCCCUGUCCUGGCUCUUCAGCCCCUGCUCUAACUGGGACGGCAGACCUUGGAUGACAGCCAACUGUCCCACCCUGCCUGGGAUACUGGGCCUCAUCGGUGCCCCACUGGAAGGGACCAGCUUACCUCCCAAGCUGGCCCCAGUGCUCUUGCGCCA